CAUCAGUUUCAUUUUAACCUUCAUCGUGGCGAGUCGUUGCAUGGUUGAAUCGCGCUCAUCGUAUUCGUGAUUGAACAUUAAAAUUAAUUAAAUGCAUAACAUUCCAAUCGAAAUGUGCGUAAAACAGCAAUAAUAAUUUGUCGCUCAGCGGGGACAACAACAACGAAGAGCGGAGUGAGCGUUAGAAAUCGUUUGUUGUGUGCACACCGGAAGGAAUGAAGCAACAACGACGCGCGUUGCGAGCGGCCGUGGAAAUUUCGAUUUUUGCAUGAAUCGCGUUUCGUCUCCAAAAAACCAACUCAAAUAAGAAGAAAAAGGGGAGACACAACAAAGAGGCUGUCUAAAUUAUAUGCAGAGCCUACGAAAAAUUUUGAUAUAGCGAGAGAAGAAACGAAUUUGUUUUGCUGAGCAAUUUGUUUGUAAAUUUCUUGCAGUUGUGUUUGUUUGUGUUAUUUUGGCUCCACACAGCGCGCGCGUGUGUGUGUGUGCCCAGUGUGUGUGUGUGCGUAGGUUGGUGUGCAGUGACGUAAACAAAUGCAAAUACAAAGAAUUUGUGUGCAAAAGUUGCACAAAAAAUGCCAACAACAAUAAUAAGAAGGAAAACGGGGAAAACAACAAAAGCAACAAUAAGAAAAGUGCCGCAUGCCGAUGUCGAUUCACGUGCCAAAUACUUUGUAGUAGCAGCAACAACAACAGCAAAACGAUAACUUUUUGCACUGUAUGUUUUGUGCAGCUCAUUCGCUGCAAACGCAAGGCCAGCUGAGCGCAACACGUUUGUGUUUGUUUCUGUUGUUGCUUUUUGCUCUGUCUGCAUGCGUUGCGUAGGCGGCCAAUGCAGAAAGCGCACUUGUAUGCGUAACUGAGUACACUGGAGCACGUGAGUGUGUGUGCGUAUGCAAGUUCUACACUAAUUGACACAAACGCAGAUGCGACAGAUAAGACGAACCAGCGACGACCCAGUCAAUGUCUGAUAAUAGAGCUUGGAACUGUUCGAAAGUGGGUCUGUCAUAUGACUGAUAAUGGCCCUCAACGCUAGCUGCCCCAACAACAACAGCAGCAACUAUUCGAAGCGCAGCCACAAUGGCCAAGCAAAAUGAAUAUUUAAAAAUUUGGAAACAUAUCAAAUGGCGAAUUGAAAAGUGAAAGUGAAAAUACAAAAAUUACCGAAGACAUUUAAUAAAUACAAGUGCCAUAACAAAAAAGAGAAGAAAACAAAUAUUAAAAGCAAACAACACGCGUGUUCUUCUAAAAAACAUAUUUCGAACAUAUCCCAAAAGCAAACGCUGCCAAUUAAAGAGAGAGAAAGAGAACGUAAACGAGAGAAAGAGAGACAACAUUAUAUAUACAAUUCAUAUUAUAGACUCCAGCUUGCAGUAACCACCGACUGAUAGUCCCAACAACAAUAUGACAAUAUCAGCAGCAGCAAGAACAGCGACAACAAAAGCAACCGCAGCAAUAGGAACAACAACAACAGCAACAACAACUCCAACAACAUCAUAUAACAUUGCAAAUCGGCUGCCUGGCAAAUCGGCGAAAUAUGAAAAACUCAUUAAGCAGCCGCAAAUGCAGUCGGGAUUGGGCCGGACGAGCGUGACCGGCACCCAAACGGAUGCUGAUACGGAUGCGGAUGUGGAUGCGGCUGCCGGAGCUGCGGCUGCGACUGUGACUGCAACUGCAACUGUAGAUGCAACUGCGAAUUGCGGCAACCAUUUCAGUAAGCAUUUCGGCAAUGGCAAUGUCUAUGCCGCACCAGCUGCAGUCUCUCGAAGUCCUGCCACGCCUCCAACUGACCUGCAUACACAUCACAUCACAGAUCGCAGCAUGCUGCUGCCACCGCCGACGUCGGCGUCGACGGCGGCAACAAUGGAGCAGCACACUUCUAACGGGUUUCUGGCCAGCGGCAUUGUCACGUACAAGGCCAAAACCAAUGGCAACAACUACGACUUUAACUCUACCUCAUCAACGAGUAUUGGCAGCAGCGGCAAUGGUUGCAGUGGCAGCAACAACGGCAACGGUGGCGCCUCAAACAUUUCCAGUUUUUGUAAUUUAAUUGCACGUCGCUGCUAUGGCAUCAAUGUGCGACGCUGCGUAUACGUAUUGUUUGCCAUCACCGUGGUUAGCAUUCUCUACUAUACGCAUUACGUGGGAACCGACAUGGUCUAUGGUCUCAUUCAACGUGACACUCAUCCAGCGCCCAUCAUCAACUGCCGCAUGAUGAACUCCGCUGGGAAACAUAUAAGAGAUGCUUCGCCAGCGCCAGAUCAUCGAUCGGAGGCGAGACUUCGCAUCGAUCCCAAGGUGCUGGUGUUUGUGGAGACAACGUAUUCGGGCUUGGGACGGGACAUUGCCGAGUUGCUGGUCUACAAUCGCAUCAAAUACAAGCUCGAAGUGGCUGGCAAAAGUCUGCCAGUGCUGACGAAUCUGGACAAGGGUCGCUAUGGCGUCAUUGUGUUCGAGAAUCUAGACAAAUAUCUCAACAUGGACAAGUGGAAUCGUGAACUGCUCGACAAAUACUGUCGCGAAUACUCCGUGGGCAUUGUGGGCUUCGUCAGUCCCAGCGAGGAAACACUUGUGGGCGCUCAACUGCGUGACUUUCCGCUCUUCAUACACACCAAUCUCCGGCUGCGAGAUGCGAGCCUCAAUCCCAGUUCCUCGGUGCUGCGACUAACGCGAGCUGGCGAAACAGCUUGGGGCGCAUUGCCUGGCGAUGAUUGGGCUGUGUUUCAGCACAAUCACAGUACCUACGAACCGGUGGAGUGGGCUCAGCGCAAUACCCAGGAGUACCCGGCGGAUAGUGUGGGGCAAGUACAGCUGCCACUUACCACCGUGUUGCAGGAUCGCGGUCAAUUGGAUGGCAUUCAACGGGUGCUCUUCGGCAGCAGUUUGCGCUUUUGGCUACAUCGUCUUGUGUUUCUCGAUGCGCUCAGCUACCUCAGCCAUGGACAGUUGAGUCUAAGUCUGGAGCGCAUGAUCCUGGUGGAUAUCGAUGACAUCUUUGUGGGCGAAAAGGGCACGAGAUUGCGACCGGAUGAUGUGCGAGCAUUGAUUGCCACACAGCGAAUUAUUGGUGGCAUGGUACCGGGUUUUCGCUUCAAUCUGGGCUUCUCUGGGAAGUAUUAUCAUCAUGGCACACGGGAGGAAAAUCUCGGUGAUGAUUUUCUGCUGCAGAAUGUGCAGGAGUUCAAUUGGUUCUCGCACAUGUGGAAGCAUCAGCAGCCGCAUCUCUACGACAACCUCACGCUCCUCAUGGGCGAGAUGCAGCUGAACUACGCCUUCGCCAAGGAGCACAACAUACCGACCUCAUCGGGUUACUCGAUUUCCCCCCAUCACUCCGGCGUUUAUCCCGCACACGAGUUGCUCUAUCACGCCUGGAAGCGAGUGUGGAACGUGAAAGUCACCUCCACCGAGGAGUAUCCGCAUCUACGUCCGGCGCGACUGCGUCGAGGUUUCAUUCAUCGCAAUAUUAUGGUGUUGCCGCGUCAGACUUGCGGUCUGUUCACCCAUACGAUGUACAUUGAUCGAUACCCGGGUGGAAGGGAUAAGCUAGAUGAAUCCAUACAGGGUGGGGAACUCUUCCAGACGAUUGUCUACAAUCCCAUCAACAUAUUCAUGACACACAUGUCCAACUAUGGCUCCGAUCGUCUGGCGCUCUACACAUUCCAAUCGGUCAUCAAGUUCCUGCAGUGCUGGACGAAUCUGAAGCUCGCCUCAGCGCCGCCCAUUCAGCUAGCCGAAAUGUACUUUCGCCUGCAUCCUGAGGAGGUGGAUCCCGUCUGGGGUAAUCCCUGCGAUGAUGCCCGCCACAAGAAGAUCUGGUCAAAGACCAAGAACUGCGAUUCGCUGCCCAAGUUCCUGGUGAUCGGACCGCAAAAAACGGGCACCACAGCGCUCUACACAUUCCUCUCGAUGCACGGCAGCGUGGCAAGCAAUAUUCCCAGUCCCGAGACCUUUGAGGAGGUACAAUUCUUCAAUGGCAACAACUACUAUCGCGGCCUCGACUGGUACAUGGACUUCUUCCCCUCGGAAUCGCUGCCCAACACCAGUUCCCCGAUGCCCACUUCGGUGGGUUCGCCGCGCUUCAUGUUCGAGAAGAGCGCCACGUACUUCGAUGGCGAGGCGGUUCCGAAGCGUGCUCACGCUCUGCUGCCUCACGCUAAGAUUGUCACCAUCCUCAUCUCUCCUGCGAAGCGCGCUUACUCCUGGUAUCAACAUCAGCGUGCUCACGGGGACAUCAUUGCCAACAACUACAGUUUCUAUCAGGUCAUAACGGCAAGCGACUCGGCGCCGAGAGCACUGAAGGAUCUACGCAAUCGAUGCCUGAAUCCGGGCAAAUACGCUCAGCAUCUGGAGCAUUGGUUGGCCUACUAUCCGGCACAGCAGGUGCACAUCAUCGAUGGGGAGCAGCUGCGUCUCAAUCCCAUCGAUGUGAUGAACGAGCUGCAGCGCUUCAUCAAAAUUCAGCCGCAACUCGACUACUCCAAUCACCUGCGCUACGAUGUGAAGAAGGGCUUCUACUGCCAGGCUGUCAGCGAGAAGCGCAAUAAAUGCCUCGGCAAGUCCAAGGGGCGACAAUAUCCAGCGAUGGAUGAGCGCAGCGCCAAGCUGUUGCAGCGGUACUAUUUGAAUCACAAUACGGCGCUGGUGAAGCUGCUGAAAAAGCUCGGAUCGCGACCGAUACCACAAUGGCUGAAGGAUGAUUUGUCCACGGGCACGUGAUAGCAGCUGUUUGCCUUCGGCGGGGGAGCAGGAGGAGGCGGUGGCGGUGGCGGUGCAACGGGCAUAGGAAUUGGUUACGGAAUUGGAUAUGGCGGCAACAAAUAUCGCAAAAUGCGUGCAAAACUCAGGAAACAAUUGCAUUGGCUGCAAUUGGCGGCAGCGGCAGAGGCAGCAGCUGUGGCAGCGGCAGCAGCAGAGGCGACGGCAGCAUCGAUGCCUGAAACUAGGCAAAGCAAAGCAGUGCACAGCGCAGCUGACAGCGACGUCGACGGCAGCAGCAGCAAUAGUGUUGACAGCAGGCACAGGCAGCAACGUCAGCAGCGCAGCUGCAGCAACAACUAAGAUAAGCGCAAGCAAUACCAGCAGCAGCAGAAGAACAAAAGCAAAAACAACACAAAAACACAUACUAAAACAAAGGCAACAAAAAAAAUAGAAACAUAAUUAGCAGAUUUGUGCAUGAUAAAUCCUGUUGUAGUUUAUCUUCGUUGUUGUUGUUGUUGUUAGUUAAUGAUGUCGCUGCAAUUGUCAGUUGAGUGUUGUAAAAUGCGCAGAAAAAAAAGUUAACUAGCGUGUAUGUGUGUGUGUGUGAGUGUGAAUACGUUGUAUUAUGUAAAUAAUGGCUUAUAUGAUAGUGUUUGCAUGUGUGUGUGUAUGUUUGUGUGCGUGUGGCAUUAUAAUUCAAAGAGAGGCAGCAUGAAUAAUUGCAUAAAUAAAUGCAUUUUAUGCGCUUUGUUAGUUGUUUAAAUGUUGAUCUAGAUGGGGCGCAAAAACAAAAAACAAAAAAAAGAACGCGAAACUGCAAAAAUAAUAAAUAAAUAAAUAAAUCAGAGCCAAUUUAUGUGUACAGUUUACAAUUAUAUUAUGCGCCCAAUUAACUCGACUUGAUUCAUUUCGUUAUUACCUCAACUACAACAAACAAAAACCAACAAGAAAACUACUUAUAAAAAAUUGCUUAUUAAAUAUACAUUGUAUAUUUGAUUUUACAACUUCAGCAACAACAACAUUCGUGUAUACUAUAUUUUAUAAACAUUUUUAAUCCAUGCCAAAACUGUAGAAAUAUUCUCUCUAGAUCUGCAGUUACGAGUGCUAUAAAUAUAUGUAUGUUAAAUAUCUAGUUUAAUUGCAUAUGUAUAAAUAAAUAUUCGCUAAGGCUGCUACUUGUAUUAAGUGUAACAUAAAUGUUUUUAGAGUAAACAAAACAAAAAUGCUUAACAAAUGAAAAUGCAAAUGAUACAAAAAGAAAAACCUCUAGUUGUAUGUUUAACGCACUAAGCAAAGCUCUAUAUAGUAUAUAUUGUAUAGUUGGAUAUAUAUUAAAACUAGUUCAAGUUUAGAUUCGUAAUGCGACAAUAAUAAAAGCGAAAAUUUAAACGA